GCAGAGCAGCCCGGAGGUGAGAGGGAGGCAGUGCCCAUCUGCUUCACAGCAAAGCAUCUUGCUCUUACGGCAGUCCCAAGGGGUGGGUUUGUUUCCGUCCUUCUCUUGUCCUUCCCCUUACGGCGUGAAGCAAGCCUCCUCGGGGCCUGCCUCUUGAGACUCCGCUCACGAAGGGAAGGCAGACGAGCUGCGUGAGACACUCAGAGGGUUAAAAUCGAGUCUUGGAGAAACUUCAGCCCAAUUGGCUACCUGCUGUUAGAGCAAGCAGGAAUUUAAACGGUGAUUAAGCAGAGUUAUGACACCCCGUCCUCCCAUAGCAAUUGUUACUGUCCUGGCACGGGAGCUGAGUGGGGCUAGCCUUGGCCAUGGGCGCAGGGUGUUUUUCCUAAAGAAUCCCGGCUCCUACCCCCCCCCCUCCCCGAUUUAAUGAGGUUGGAGCCGUUAUGGCUUAGGAAAUCGGAGCCUUAUUAAGCAGGAGAACAGCUUCUGCGGAGCAGGGCGGCUGGUAGCAGUCACCAAAGCAGGACAAGGCUGGUGAGAGCUGGAAGCCAAGAGCAGGACUCACAAGCUCCCCGUCCAGGGCUCCGUGCCGUGACCGAUGCCGGGUCUCUGCCCGAGUGAACCAAGCACCGCGAUGCCAUGGGGCACCCAGGGACCAAAACGAGGGGCUGGAUCCUCCGGGAAGCAGUUCCCAUCCGUCUGCGAGCCCUUGGAGGCGUUACAGAGACCUCCCCUGCGUGCCCGAAAGGGUCACAACCUGGCGGGGUUGAGCUGAGGCUGAGGCCCCUGUGAGCCAGCCAAAUAUUAAAAUGAAAAAGUGGGGACGUUAACGAUGGAGCCAGAAUAAAAUAAAAAAAAUAAUAGAAUUCUCCAAGCUUUUUGUUAUGCUUGGGCACAGAUACCCCUUGUCUGCACUUAGCAUGCGAAGGCACGUAUAUGUUGUGUCCCUACUGCACCCGAGUGAUUUGAAGAGCUGAGCCAUAAACCAGAGUUUCUCUUCUGGUUUUUAAAUCCAAGGAAAUGUCUGAGGCUCCGUGGCGAGGAAUUCCUGUAUGUGCCUGCCCGCUUCACAUCUGCAGCUUUUUAUUUGAAGCCGCCACAGCUGAAAUAAAAUUCUGCAGAGAAACAUCUUGGUUAAAGGUCCUCCGUUAUUUUCCAGCAGUGCAGGUUUCCCGAGUUAAUUAUUUAUUUCCAAUUAAGGCCUUCGCAGCUGCAGUACCUGUGCAGCGGGCACAAAAUGGCAGAUGCUGCACAAAUCCCCGAGCGUUUACAGCACGUAAUGGGUCCGUGGCGAAGUAGCGCUCGGUUGUAGUAACUCUUCAGGUCGUUAGCAUCAAAAGAAGUGAAUUAAUUCUGAGUUGUGACUCGUGUGUUGUCGGCAGAGCGAAGUGCCACCUCCCACCUCUUGCUGAAGGUAUUUUUGGAGGUGGGGAGGGGAAAGCUAAUUUUGAAUAAUAAUAAGCUGGAGAAGGCAUCUGAAACCAGUAAACGUUUAUUUUUUACACUCCUAUAACUUAAAAACGGCCAAACCAAUUUAAACCAAAUUGGAUAAUAAAAAAUAUUGCUCCUAGGCUGAGCCCCUGUAUGCCAAGUUCCAGCCUAGAAUGAAUUUUUAUGACCAAAUUAUAAACCCCCUAGAAAUGAAGGUUUAAAAUGGAAAUGUUGACAGACCUUUAACUACAAAAGCACUAUAAUAGAACUUCUUUUUUUUUAUAAAAUGGCCGUUUUAAAAUAUAAUUAAGGCUUGAAUAUUAUUUAAUAGCAGCAUUUCCUGUAAGUUAAGAUCUUUUAUCAUUCCUCCGGCUGGGGUUCGCUGCCAGUUCUGCGGAUGCCACUUCUGCUUUGCAUUAGAGGCACGUGCGCGGCGCUGAAGCGACGCAGACACUUGUCUGUCAGAUGGAAAUGGCUCCGGACAGCUUUCCAAAUCCCCCCCGUUUCGAAAUAAGAGCCUGGAUGCCGAAGGACUCGCCGGACCUUUGCGCAAACCCCGCGGCCGCGCAGCAAGCGUCCCGUAAAGCCCGUGCCAAAGAGCCAAAGAGCGAUCAUGUGAGGAGAGACGCCGUUUUCUUCGCAGGAAAACGCCUUCGCAUCCCCUCCGGUUGGUUUGGCGUUCAGCACGAGCUGCCUUUUAGUGCUGUGGCCGCUUUGGUCCCCCCCAGCCCGUGCCCAAAGCCUCUCCGGGCAGCGGCCGCGCUGCGGAGAGAACAGAUAACAAAUCUGGAAGCCCGCCAACGAGCACCGCAGCACGGAGAGGCAGCCUUGCGGGGACGAGGAGGAAAGGCUUUUCUUUUGCAAGGGCUUUCUGCAGGCUUCUUCUCCCCUCCUGCAGCGCGGGCGCUGCCGCGGCUCCGCACCGCCGUCCUCCCCGAUGCCCUUUCGGUGCCGGUGCUGGCCCGGUGCCACGGGGCAGCUGUCACCCCACCCAGCCCGGGCUUGGUUUUCAUCCCUGCCCCCCCGCACCCACCCCCGCCUUUUCUUGGACUGGCUAAUUCCUCUAUUUUGCUGCCUUUCUUCCCCUCUGCACCCUCCCCACGGUAUAAAAAUAACCCCGGGCUGGUUGCUGCAGCGCCACGGCUGCAGGGAGCGUUGCAACACCCGCUUCCCGUCAUGGCACAUGGCAGGCUUCAAAGUGGCACCAGCCAGGGAAGAGAAACGGUUACUGCAGGGUGUCCUCCGCCUUCUCCCCCUGGAUUUCUCCUUCCCUGCAUCCUUUUUGCCUGCCAGCAAGCUCCUGGCUUCAGCCCUGCUGCCAACCCCCUUCUGGUGCAGCCCUUGCGAUGCAGCGGUGGUGCCGAGGGCGGGAGGCAGAGCCCGUGAGAUCCCCACCUUAAUUUGCUGGGGCCAUGUGUUUCGUGGGAGGCUUUUCUUGUUCGUUUAGGGAAGAAGACAACCGGCAGAAGGCACCUGGGGACGGGGAACAUUUGCAGGGGAGCCCCCGGUGCGCUGCAGGCACGCUCGUGCUGCUCGCCCUUCCUCGCCGGAGCCCCGGGGCUCGCUCUGCAGCUGCAGCCACGUGCGAAGGGCUGGGUGGGCGAGGGCAGCUUUUCCCUCCUGCCCAGGGCUUGGAACAUGGGUGCCUAAGGCCACCGGGGGAGGCGGCUGCUGGAAAGGGCAUGCACUGCGGCAAAAUUUAUCUGGAAGCCGUCGGUGGAUGUUUUCGUCUACCGCAGCGUCCUCCUGCGUGUGCAGCGCUAGGGGGGGACUGGCAAGAGCCUGUGGAAGGUGCACUGGAAGUGCUUGGUGAGGCUUUAGAGCGUAUUUCUCUAAAAACCUCUCAAAUCCAAUUAAAUAUGGGUUUGUUUGUUUGUUUUUAAGGAAUUGUUUUAUCCAUACGCAGAGGAGAUAAGGAACUGAAACUUGCUUUAGUUCCUUUCUACUUCUGAUUUUAGAAAAUCGGCGCUGACCCUGGCCUCUCACGCUGGAAAUGCAAUGAGGUUUGGCAACAGCUUUCGCAUUUCUUAGAGUUAUCUCUUCUGGUGAACGCCUACUCUAAAAAAGAAAACAACAAAAAA